AUGGUGAGGGCACACAGUAUGUUUUUCAGCUUCAACUUUGCCAUCUGUAAUUUAGAAGUGGAGAAAGUUACUUCUCUGUUAAACAAACUGAAAAUUGAAUCCCGGCACCCUUCCGUAGGGCAGGCCCUGGGUGACAGCCCACAGCGGUGCAGAGUUCGCGAUGUGCGUGUCCCGCUCCCGCGGCCAUGCCGAGUGACACAGAGGGGCAGCUGGUGCUGGCACCCGGAGCUGUCCGGCACCCCGUGCCCGGGCCCGCUGUCCCGGGGCUGCCGGCUGCCCCAGCCCGCCUCGGGGCCGCCCCGGUGCCCCGGGAGCGGCAGCGCCGCGGCGGCCCCGCCUGCCGGGCAGCCUGGCAACGCCCGCGCCGCAGCCCGGCCCAACCGCCCGGUAGCGGCAGCGGCAGCGGCAGCCAUGAGGGCGGCGGACGGGCACGCACCCGCGGCGGCGGCGGCGGCGGCCGGGGAGCCGGGCAGCGAUGUCCGCGGCGAGCAGCCCCGUGAGCACGGCCGUCCCCGGUCCCCGGCCAGCCCUGCCCCAGCCCGGGCCCAGCCCGCGCUGUCCCCUCGGGAGCCCAGCCGUUCCCCACUGAUGUCCCCCUCACUGAUGUCCCCCAGCACCGCGGCGGGUGCUGGCUCUGGUGCCGUGGGGCGUCCGCAUCCCUCUCCGGCUCCCUGGAGACUUCCUGCAGCGAGGACAUCUUCUCAGAUGCCUCUCCAUCUUCGGCCCUGCCCUGGGAUGUCUGUCAUGGGGAAGGCACGGUGGCCGGCUCCCCAGUGGCCCUGGGCUGGCCUUGGCUACCAGCAGCCCCAUCUGGGAGGACACACCAGGGUCCUGUCCUUACCAUCCUCCUGUCCUGGGGAGUAG